ACUUACGUUACAAGAGAAAAGUUCAGUAUUUGAUGCUAAUGAUGUAUCAAGAAGCAGAUGAGAAGUUCUGGAGAAAGGACAUACAGAGUUCCUUCUGACAUCACCUGUACGUUAGAAAACUGAACUCCCUGAAGAAAGCUUGCGCUUCCUUGGUUUCCAUUUUACGUUAGGCCUAUCGUGUUCGUGUUACUGUGAAUGUCAUGCCGGUUUCGGUUUCCCGAAGUUAGCGUUGUUGGUUUUUCUCAUCAUAGCGGAACAUCUCGUAUUACUAGUGAUCCAGUGUUUUUCACCUGAGCCAGCAAAAUGCCUACCAGAGCGGAACGAAUUAUGGAAGGUUUCAAGUUAAACUGGAUGAAUCUUCGAGAUGCUGAAUCAGGGAAAAUCCUAUGGCAAGGCAAUGAGGAUCUAUCUCAACCAGAGGUGGAGCAUGAAGCCAGGGUUCCUAAGAAAAUACUCAAAUGCAAAGCUGUGUCCCGGGAAAUCAACUUCUCAUCUCAAGAGAAGAUGGAAAAGUUCAGACUUGAGCAGCGGGUGCUCUUCAAAGGGAAAUGCCUAGAGGAGUGGUACUUUGACUUUGGCUUUGUUAUACCCAACUCAACCAACACGUGGCAAUCCUUGAUUGAAGCUGCUCCAGAGAGCCAAAUGAUGCCUGCAAAUGUACUCAGUGGCAGUGUUGUUAUAGAAACUAAAUUCUUCGAUGACGACCUUCUUGUAAGUACAUCAAGAGCACGGGUGUAUUAUGUUUGAGAGCUAGGAAAUAAACAAUACAUCGUUAUAUAUUUGGACAUCAGAUUUUUUUACUAUUUUUCUGAUAGUUCUGGACAAAAAGAAGCUGUGUAUGUGAAUGUGUUAGAUUAGAAGAUAGAGGAUAAGUUAAUUGAGAUAACCUCUGCAGUAUGCAAGUGACCUUUAUAGAAGUUUGGUAAGAUGUGAUUAAAAGUCAUCAUAUCAUUGGAAGUGAAAAGAAAGCCUGUGGUAUCAAGGUUCAGGACUUGGAUCUCAUUCAGAACAUGAAGUUUUUUAGAUAAACCCCCCUCGUGGCCUUUAUUCAUACAGUCCUUAAUUUGUUUAUUGUAGUUUUACCUCGCAUGCGCAUACAUGCAGCUUGGUUCAUACAUUUACAUGUAAAUGUACAUGCAAAUAGGUUGGAUCAUUUGCAGAUGUUGCAUACCAGAGGGUUCCUAUUUUGUACGCAUUCACUGGAAUUCUUCCAGUCUCUGUCCAAAGAGUCUGAAAAUGCAUCUGUACAUGUACAUUGUGGUUUGAUACAGUGCAGUACACGUCUAUGUAUGUGUUGUUUUUCACAAUUUGGCCCAAAAGAAUUUAACUUCUGGAAGAAGUGAAACAACUACUGUACUCGGGUUGGAAAUAGGUCAUUCAUUUUUGAUUGCAGAUGGCUGUCUUCUUGAGACAAGCAUACCCCAAUACUUUCAACAUUCCAUGAUAAAUAUUUCCAGUCAUUUUUAGGGAAGGCAGUUGUUAUACGCAACUGUCUUAAUGAUUAGAAAAUGCCGUCCUUUAUAAAGCAAAGUUGCAUGUAAAUAUCUACAUGAAGAUUAAAACAGUUGUAUUCAUUUUGUCGAACGUAUUAUAUUUGGAUAUCAGGCUGUACUGCAAAUGUGCAUUAGAUGACCACCAAGAUUUUUGAUGAAUGAACGUGGGUUUUGUUUCUAAAGAUGAUAGGAAGAAGAAGACAUACAUGUAACUUGAAAUAUUUUACGGAAGGAAAUGUGUAGCUAGCCACACUAAAUAACUGAACAAUUUAAUUAUACCUGAACCAUCUAAACAUGGGAGCAGGAUUGCAUGUGUUAACCGUAUCGUAACUUACAUGUACAUGUACAUCCAAAUAUUCUCAUAUGUGUACAAUAUGCAUGCAGUAUAUUCACUAAUGACUCUGUCCCUGUGUAGGUUAUACCAUGACACCUACAUACAUGUUCUGUUGGCCCUGUGUUCACUACUCUUCCAUGGUUUGGUGCAGUGAACAAGGUGUGUACUGUACAAGCAGGUUGGUGUUAAAAAGUUGACACUGAGCACACUGCGCAAUGGGAUUAUGAACCCUGGUGAACAUGUACAUGUGGCUCAGUGAAAAUACAUGUACUUGUGCAUAAAGUUUGCCCGUUGACUGACUUCAAGCCCUGAAACAACAGUAAAAUACACCAAAAAGACCAUAGGGGAAAAAAUCACCCAAAUUGUGGCA